AUGGAGAACUUAGCAACAACGGAGAAACAACCCGCAACUUCACAAACGCAACAAUUCUCGCCAACACCUAUCCAACCUUCACCAAACACUACCAUACCACCACCACCACCACCACAGUCUACACAGCCUACUUCUACAUCUCCAAUACCGUCAUUCUCAACCUUUUUCCCAAACCUUGAUAACAUUCAACCAACUUCUACCCAAGCAACAUCUCUUCCACACCCAACUACGACCCAGACUGUUAAUUUACAGCAGUCGUCUCCUUACGUUAGAAUCAUUCCUGAUGACACUCCAUUGAGUCAAACUCAAGCACCUAAUGCAACAUCAAUUCCGCCAGCCGUCUGA